AUGGUAUGUUUACAGGCAAAUGAAACCACAGCUUCUGUUGUAACAGAGUUUUUCAUCGUGGGUUUCCCUGGACUCCAGCCCAAAUACUACAGCCUGAUGGCAGCGUUCUUGCUCUGCAUCUACAUCGCUGUGAUCACUGGAAACUCCCUCAUUGUGUUCCUGUUUGUGAUUGAGCGCAGCCUCCAAAAGCCCAUGUAUAUUAUCAUGCUGAGCUUGUCUUUGUCUGAUAUUGGUUUUUGCACAGUUGCUCUGCCAAAAGUUAUAUCUCGCUAUUGGUUUAAUGAUGGUUAUAUUGGCUUCUACAUUUGUCUGUUUCAAAGGCAGCUGAUUCACUAUUUUGGUACCCUGAACUCUCUUAUUAUGAUGAUCAUGGCAAUUGAUCGGUACUUGGCGAUCUGUUUCCCACUAAGAUACCUUGCUUUAAUGACGAACCGCAUUAUGAGGCUUCUAAUAGGGUUUUCCUGGGUUACUGCAAUGAUUGCUCCAACCAUUAGCUUAUUGCAGACAGUGAAGCUCCCAUUCUGUGGGCCAAACAUGAUCACUCAUUGUUUUUGUGAUUCUCUAUCUAUGAACCAACUGGCCUGUGCUGAUGCCACCCUCACAAAUCUCAUUUCAUAUGCUGUGGCAAUGUUUGUGCUUCUCGUGCCAUUGUCUUUCAUCAUCUUUUCUUAUUUAAGUAUCGUGGUGUCUGUACUUCGAAUUGCAAACACACAGGGCCGAAUGAAAGCCUUUUCUACCUGUGCAACACAGCUGACUAUCAUUGUCAUCUAUUAUGUGCCCCGUUUUGUGGUUUACACCACUUCUAACAUCCCAAACGCUCAGAUGAACAGCAGUCAGAAGAUCGCCCUGGUCAUGUUCUACAGUCUGCUUCCACCUGUAGUGAACCCCUUCAUCUACUUCAUCAGGAUCAAAGAAAUCAGACAGUUCUUUAUCAAAUUUUGUGUCCACAGAAACAGGAUCAUCAGUAAGUCGUUAACUAUUUCUAAAUGA